UUCUUUCUUUUUCGUUCGUCUCCCUCCCAAUUUUUUUCCUUCUCUCUCUGAAGACUUAUUUCUUUUAUGGAUUAAAUUCUUCCCACCUAACAGUUUAUGACCAAAAUGCAGUAGAACUAAAUGAGUGCUAUUCAAUCUGACCAUUUCCCGCUUUCCAAGGCGAGUAAAUGAGCGCAUUGGUUUGGUGAGCACAUUGUUACUCAAGCCAGGGGUUUGCUUUCGGAUCAAGUCUCUUGGGUAGUACCGUCAUUUUCAUCUUGAGCCACAGCUCUUAGCGUUGAAGUACAGUCCCACCAGUGUGUUGCAGCUGCCUGCAGAUGUUUGGUCCAAACAGGUCGGCGCUAGCUUCCUUGUUACGAGCUUCUCAGUCACGUACUCCGAUUUCAUCUCAUAAAUUGCUUGGAUUCUGAUCUGUAGAGGCCGUGCAUUGUGUGCAACAUCCUUUACCCAAACCAUUUUCACCGUACAUAAUAUCUCUGAUAUUGAAGAUCUAGUGUCGGAACUUCCUUUUUACGCUUUCUUCAGGUCCUAGUUACGUCUUUCUUCCCUCCUUUCCACGUUUUGCUUUGUUUUGUCGUCUUUUUUUUGUUUUUUGUUUUUCUUUGACAUUUCUAUUCUCGCGUUUAUUUUUUCCUCUUCGGUUUUAUUAGUCAUUUUCCUACGCUUUCUGCAACAACAGCCAGCCUAACGGCGCACCUGGUCAGGAGUAUUUUCAAAUGUGCCCCGGAAUCAACAGUGGAUUCUAUUUCAUCAAGAGGAGAGGUAGCGUUGAGGACGUCUGAGAAAGCGUAUCAAAGUUUAUCAUUCCAAGGUUGUGCUAGUGGAUUUUUAGCAAUUCCAUGGACAAGCUCAGGGCAAUGGGUUACCCCCUUGGCAUCACCAUGGAUCCCACCAAAGGCGAUAUGGUGCUUCAAGAAGCCAGCACGCAGCAUUCUCUGCAGCAACUGUCUCACGACCCUAGUUUCGCAGAGCGAGCAGCCAAGUACUCAACCUUUGGUACAUCGAACUAUGCGCAGCGACCUCAAACAUAUGGAUCCUACGACACAUUCCGAGACACCCUAGAGAAUGAGAGCAAAAUUUCUCGCAGCUCUAGCCUCAAUCAGCUUGGGAGCCUAGGUACCAACUCGGACACCAGGCAGUUUGUUGAGGAAGAGAUGAAACCCAAAGGUGAUCAAGUUGAUCCCAAGUCAGAAGCCAUGAUGGAAGCCAUUGAGGGAGCACAGGGCGCUAGAGCGGCGGCCGUAAACGAGUCCAGCGACGGAGUUUCGCAGGAGAACUCCUCGGGGUCGCAGCAAACCGAGCCGCUAUCUAAUCGCAGCGGUGCACCCCAACGGAAACGUAAAGGCUCUGCAGCCGCGGACGGGAAAGGGAAAACCUCGACAUCAUCCUUUGCCUCGGAUGGAAAGGAUAGCAAAUCGAUGGAAGCUAACGAGCAAACCUCUUUGAAGCGGCAGCGCUCAGGACCGGUCAAGGCAGAGCGCAGUGCCAGUGAGAAUUCCGGCGACUCUGUCGGCCCCAGCUCUCUGAAGGCUUCUUCGAAGUCUGUCCAGAAUCUCCCCAAGCAAGACUAUAUUCACGUCCGCGCUCGACGAGGCCAAGCCACUGAUAGCCACAGCCUUGCGGAACGGGUUCGAAGAGAAAAGAUUAGCGAGCGCAUGAAGUUCUUGCAAGACCUUGUGCCGGGCUGCAGCAAGGUGACGGGGAAAGCCGUCAUGUUGGACGAGAUCAUCAACUACGUGCAGUCGCUCCAGCGUCAGAUUGAGUUUCUGUCUAUGAAGCUGGCGGCUGUUAAUCCCCGGCUUGACUAUGGCUUCGACGUCCUAGGGAAAGACUUGCUACAGCUGCGGUCUCCGGAGACGACAUUGGUGGGUCCUGAUCCGCUGAGCGGGUAUGUGGAGAUGCACCACGCACAAGUCCAUCACCCCAUGCGCAUGUCGCCGGGGUGCGGUUUGGACAUGCGGAGUGUUGAGAGUGUUUGCGAUUCAUACCUGCGGCGCUCCAUGAGUGUGCCGACGAUGGGGUCUCUGGUUUCUGGCGAUGAUUUUGGCGAUCCUCUGUCUCAGGUUUGUGGGAACGGAGACCUUCAAAGUGUGGUAGAGAUGGGAUUCAUUCAAGGCAGGCAAAGCUUGGGGAAAGGUUCGCUCGUCAAUCAUGGAUCAAGUUUGUGUAAGUCAGGCAAGUCGAAGGUGGAAUUGUGAUGAGUACUACUCCGAAGCUGGAGAGUUGGGAUCGAUAGCUGCCUUGUAACGUUGAAUUUAAAAAGAAAAAACGAAAAAAAAUGACUUAUAUGGUGUCGGCGAGCAACUCAUACAACUGCAAGGAUAACGAUCUGCAUCGGGCUGAGAACUGUUUGAUUCCAUUGUAUAGUAUACAAAAGCCAACAAGAAUUGGUAUCCUUUUAAAACCUUGGAUGACCACAUAGUAGAGGAGUUCGCAGUGGAGGCCAGCAUUGAAAGGAUGAAGAAGAAAAUAGAGGAGUGGAACCAUAGCUGAUGAUUCACAACUGAACGGUAAGCUUCCAAUUCAGGCAUAAGACACAAGUUGAACACUGUACAGCAGAAGACCUGACAUCAAUCGUGGUAUUCCUCGCCAAUUGCCCGUUUGUUUCGUAUGGCUGCUUGCGUAAGAGCAGGGUUCAAUUGCAAGGACAUUUGUAGCAACCGUAUAGAUCAUUUAAAAUAUUUUUUGGACUCUGACUAUGCACAGACCGUUUAGCUUAGAUGCCAGACGAGAGUAUAGUGCCCGCAUGGUUUGUCUAGGCAAUCGCUGAGACAGGGUGCCUCGCACAGCAUGCAGUCCCGUAUAGGUAUUGUUGAUCAACUAUUCAUUAAAUGAAACUUUCUCAUUAAAGAUGA